AUGGCCCCCGAAAAGCGUUCGAGACGGGUUGUCGAGGAGGAUGGUGAUGAGGAGGUUGUGGGUGUCGUGCAAGCGAGCUCCAACUUUCGGCAAGGCUCAGGCCGCAAACGUGUUCGUGUGUCGGAUGUUGUCGACGAGCGACGAGCCUCGACGAGCUCACCAAAUUCGGAAGAUGACGAGUCAAACGAGUCAGACCAUGCCCGAGCCUCAGCGCGACAGGCCAGCCCUGAUGCUCCCGAUUCGCCACCGCGUACUCAAUAUGAGAUAUAUCGCGACCAGGAUUAUAGCCACCUUCAGCAUGAGGCUGAGGACGACAUGCGAGCGACACAGAAGGUACUCAGUAGUGCCAGAGCGGGUGCCCGAACGGACAACCGAGCAGCGGCCAAUGGCAUUAUCGAGACCGUAACGUGCAUCAACUUUAUGUGCCACACCCGCUUACAUGUUGAAUUGGGCCCGCUGCUCAACUUCAUUGUUGGCGAGAAUGGUAGUGGUAAAAGUGCGGUGCUCACUGCCAUUACCCUGUGCCUUGGUGCCAAGGCUAGCUCGACAAAUCGUGGAGGCAGUUUGAGGACUUUCAUAAAAGAAGGCCAAGAGCAAUCGAGUAUUCAGGUGAAGCUAAAGAACCAAGGCGAAGGCGCAUAUCAACCAGAACAAUACGGGGAGUCUAUAAUUGUCGAGCGCUAUUUCUCGAAGAACGGAACGAGUGGCUUCAAGCUCAAGAGUGCUCUUGGGCGACUCAUAUCCACCAAGAGACGAGAUGUUGAUGAACUAGUCGAAUACUUCUGCCUCCAGAUGGACAAUCCUCUCAAUGUCCUGUCACAGGACAACGCCCGGCAAUUCCUUAAUGCAUCGUCACCAGCCUUGAAGUACAAGUUCUUCGUGCAAGGCGUACAGCUUGAGGCUCUUGACAACGAUUACAAACUUGUGAUGCAGACUGCGGAUAAUAUCGAGGCGAAAUUGGAAUCAGCCGCCGAAUACGUCAAGCGACUCGAGAGAGAACACCGUGAUGCAAAGCGAGACCUCGACACGCUGAAGAAAAAUGAAGCUCUGCGGGAGAAGCGCCGGCUUUAUCGCAAUCAGCUGAUUUGGGCCCAGGUCGUUGAGCAGGAGAGGAUGCUGAAGAAGGCGGAUGACGACAUUGCUAACGCCGACGAACGCAUGAAUCGCGCAGAGAGGAAAAUCCAGGAACGAACACAGGUUCUUGAGCUUGCUGACGAGUCACUACGGCAGGCGGAGGAGAAUGUCCAAGCCAUGACGGGGGAGGCCGAAGCUCUGGAAGCGGAAGAGAAGAGUGCCAAGGACGCGUUCUUGGCUGCGAAGGCAGAACUGUCUACCCUCCACAACGAGGAGCGGACGGCUAGGGAUCGACUCAAGAACGCCAAGGAAGAUGUCAAGUCUCUCCAGCGUCGAAUCGAAGAAGAAGAGCGACGACUAACAGAGGCUACUGGCGAUGGCCGGGCCAUCAAAGAGGCCGAGCUCAAGGCUGCCAACGAAGAGGUCGAGCGAUUGAGCGCCGCAAUUAGUCAGUCUGAGCGUGCCUAUCCGGAUAUUCAGCGCCGACUAGACGAAGCCAAGCGGGCCACUUAUGGUCUGAAGGAGGAAAUGAAUGAGAAGAAAGCUGACAUUCGCGGGGUGGAGAAACGGAUCCAUGACUUACAGCAGAACCGCGGUUCUGAUUUUGGUGGCUUCGACCCUAAUAUUCAGAGGCUACUGAAGAUGAUUGAUGAAGAUCGUGGAUUCGAGAAUAAGCCUGUCGGUCCGGUGGGGCGCCAUGUCCGACUUCUGAAGCCGGAAUGGUCUAGUAUUAUCGAGAGACUACUUGGCGCUACACCAAGUGCUUUCAUUGUUGUGGGUCAGCGUGAUGCCGUUCGUUUGCGCAAUCUCAUGCGACGUGCCGGCGUCCGAAAUACACCGGUCUUGAUCUCGAACGGUCGAAAGCUCGACCUAGCUGGUAAAGAGCCGGACCCACGUUACGACACGAUCCUCCGUGUUCUCCAGUUCGAGAACGAUCUGAUCAGGGAUCAGCUUAUUAUUCAUCACAAGAUAGAGCAGGCCCUGCUAAUAGGCUCCCGGACUGAUGCCGAGAAAGUCAUCUUCAACGACCGCCCGCGAAAUGCCGCCUUUGGACUGUGCCAUCAUGACAGGAAGAAGGGCGAAGGUAUCUCAUUAGUUCUUAAUAGCCGUGGAGACCAAAGCCUUGAUCCGGUGCGGCCCUACACCGGUGCCCCAAGGCUGCGCUCUGAUGUGGAGGCUCAAAUUCGUCAUCAACAGGACAUUCUCACUCAUCUUCGUGGCCAGUUGCGGGAAAUCCAGGACCGAGCUCAGGAUGCGCAGACAAGGGUGAAUGACUUCCAGGGCGCCAUAAGAGCAGAGUCCGCUAAACGCCAGCAACUCGAAAAGGACAAACGCAUUGCCCAGGCAAACGCCGACAACUUGGAGGCCGAACUUGACCGGUUCGAAGGCGGGGAUAUUGAACUGACCAACCUCAAAGAAUCGCUCGAGCAAGCGGAAGCUAGGGCCAAGCACGAGGGAGAGCAGUUUGGCGACAUGGUUGUCAAGAAGCCUGAAUUGAACCAGAUGUGCGAAAGGCUGCACCGCGCCAUGAAGGACGAAAGCGCAAGGGUCGCCCAGUUUAAAAAGCGACUCGAUGAAGCGGUCCGAAAAGCGGAAAAUAAGGCCGACUCUCGAAGGCUCGCACUAUCGGCAAAGAAUGAGGCUUUUGAGGAGCGAGAUCAAGCUCGAUUGGUUAGGGAGAGGGCUGUGGCCGAUAGAGACCGGCAGCAGGCGACUGUCACAGCUCUGGAGCAGCAAGCCCAGGAAACCGUAGGAGAGCGCGUCUACAUUGCCGACGACGCCACUCACAAGAGCAUCGAAGCAAAGUAUAAGGCGCUCAUGGCGCAGCUGGAGAAGCUUGAAAGGCGCCUCGGCGCGUCGGAGCAGGAGAUUACGGAACGAGCAGAGAGGGCACAGCUGGCCUACGACAAGGCUAAACGAGAGCACGAAAGCCAGCUUCAACUGCAGCAAGAGCUUAAGCAAGCUUUGGCCGAUCGGCUGAAGAGGUGGAGGUCUUUCCAAAGAUUCCUGUCGGCUCGCACGAGGGUGAACUUCAAUUAUCUACUAAGCGAGCGUGGAUUCCGUGGCAGGAUGUUCAUCGACCACCGAAGCAGAAUGCUUGCUUUGCAGGUUGAACCUGAUGAAACCCGUAAGGUGGGCGGUGGUCGAGAAACCAAGACGCUGUCCGGCGGGGAGAAGUCAUUCGCGUCUAUUUGCAUGCUUCUUGCUAUUUGGGAGGCGAUGGGUUCAUCCAUCAGAUGUCUCGACGAAUUCGAUGUGUUCAUGGAUAACAUCAAUCGAGCUAUAAGCACCAACAUGCUGAUAACGGCAGCCCGUCGGUCAGUAUCGAGACAGUAUAUACUCAUCACCCCCAAUGCGAUCGAAGGGCGUGCAAGUUUGUCCAAGGAUGUGAAGAUUAUCCGGCUUUCGGACCCGCGUCAGCGAACCAUUCCUGACAUGCAGAGGGGCAAUUAG